AUUAUGCGACAGAGUUUACGGGCCCAGGGCCUUCGGGCGCCCGGGCGUCGCAGCGCCACAAAAUUGCUGUUCCCAAACCGUCUUUCCAUAGCACUAAAACGCUUGGGUGUUACCCCCAAGCAAUAUGUAAAUCAUUUUUUACAUGAAAGCUUGGACAGGCAUGCAGCGCGUUCGCUCGUUGCGGGAGCGAAGUCCAGCACCGCAGGCGAUGUGACCGCUGGAGUGGGCACCUGGGACGAUGGAGAGGGCGAGAUUGGGCCAGCAUUUAAGGCGACUCUGGAGAUGUUGGACUGGUCGAAGCUGUGCGACCAGGUUGCGCGGUUCGCUAGCACGCACGCGGGCAAGCGCGCGUGUCGCACGAUGUCGGUGCCUGAGGAGCCCGCGGAGACGCUGCGCCUCAUUGAGCAGACCCGCGCCAUCACGCUGCUGGAGUACGACUGGGCCACCAGCCUGGACUACGGCGGCAUCCAGACCAGCGAGGCCGAGGCCGGACUGAGCCGCGCGGCCAAGGGCGGCAUGCUCACACCGCAGCAGCUGCGCGGCAUCGUGACCCUGGUGAACGGCGCGGAGCGGCUUCGCAAGCAGGUGGUGAUAGCGGCGCGCGACAAUGACGCUCUGCGGCCCGACUCGCCUGUGCGGCUGCUGCUGGCGGCGGUGGGGCGUGUGCGGCCUCAGCCGCACCUGCUGAGGUCGGUGGCGCAGGCCAUCGACGAGGACAACAACAUACAGGACUCGGCUUCGGAGCAGCUGCGCGGGCUGCGCGGCCGAGUCAAGGCCAUCCAGUCGCGACUGGCCAGCAUGCUCAAAGGCUACGGUGGCGAGGUGUCCGACCGGGGCGGCCGCAUGUGUGUGGCGCUGCCCGGCGGCACCAAGGCCCCCAGCGGCGGCGUGCUGCUGGGCUCGGCGCCCGGGGGCUCGCUGGUGUAUGUGGAGCCGGCGGCGGCGGUGGCCAUGAACAACGAGCUGGGCGCUGCCCGCGCCGAGGCCCAGGCGGCCGAGGAGCAGGUGCUGUGGAACCUGACGGGGCUGGUCAUGGGCUGUCUGGAUGAGCUGCAGGACGCGUACCGGACGGUGGCUUGGCUGGAUGUGCUGUCGGCUCGGGCCCGCUACGGCAUCUGGGUCAACGGCGUGUUGCCGGACGUGGUGCCCUGGGAAAAGGUCUUCCACGCACGCGGCGCCGCGGCAAUGCGGCGCCGCAGCACGACGGCGGCGGCGGCGGCGGAGCAGGACCAGACGUCGAGCUCGGGUGCGGUUGACCCUGAUGAGCGCUACGCGGUGCGGCUGCGCGGGCUGCGGCACCCGCUGCUGUACGGCGAGUACCUCAUCGCCAAGGAGGGGCUGGAGCGGGAGGUGCGCAUGACGGGAGGAGGCGGCAGCAGCAACAUGAGCAGCCUGUUCGGCAGCGGCAGUGGAGGCUCGGUGUCAGGCGCCUCCACUCCGGGCGGCGGGCGGCGGCGCAUGCUGAGCACCCGCAAGGAGGUGAUGCUGCAGCGCUCGGGGCUGAGUGGCGGCGCCUCGCCGGCUGGCUCGGGCGCCGACAGCGACACCGACGGGGAGGAGCCGGUGACGCCGCAGGAAAAACUGGCAGCGUUGCGGCCGCCGCGGCCCGUAGACUGGAUCGUACGGCCGGACACGAGUGUCGUGGUGAUCACGGGCCCCAACACGGGAGGCAAGACAGCCAGCAUGAAGGCUCUAGGCUUGGCCGCCUGUAUGGCCAAGGCCGGCCUGCCGCUGCCCGCCGAGGCGCCCGCCCGCCUGCCCGCCUUCAGCGCAGUGCUGGCAGACAUCGGCGACGAGCAGUCGCUCACCGCCAACCUGUCCACAUUCAGCGGCCACCUGCGCCGGAUACAGACGCUGCGCGGCGAAGCUGACGGCAAGGCGCUGCUGCUGCUGGACGAGCUGGGCACGGGGACGGACCCGCUGGAGGGCGCGGCGCUGGGGCUGGCGUUGCUGAAGCGACUGGUCAACGGCGGCGUGGGCGCGGGCGCACUGACGGUGGCCACCACGCACCACUCGAUCAUGACGGGGCUCAAGUUCGAUGACCCGCGGUUCGAGAACGCCAGCGUGGAGUUCGACGAGGCGGCCCUGGCGCCCACCUACAAGCUGCUGUGGGGCAUUCCGGGCCGCAGCAAUGCGCUCAACAUCGCGUCCAGGCUGGGUCUGGACGAGGAGGUGGUGUCGGCGGCUCGCGGGCGGCUGGACGGCGGCGUGGCGGACGUGAAUGCGGCCAUUGAGGGGCUGGAGGCGCUGCGGGGGCAGCUGGAGGCGGAGGAGCGGGACAGCUGGCUGGCAGCGCAGGAGGUCAAGACGCUGCGGCGGCGGCUGGAGGUGCUGGGCAACAAGGUGCAGCAGCUGCAGGAAACAAUGUCCAGGGCUCGAGCGGAGGCGCUGCUGCAGGUGUACGCGCUGGCACGUGACCGCAUCAAGGUCAUCAAACAGAAUCGCAAGAAGCUAGGCCGCGCUGCGCCCGCGCCCGCACCGCUGUUCGCAGCGCAGCCGCCGCCGGUCGUCGCCGCCGCUGCGUCGGCGGCGCCUCCGGCCCCCGAGCAAGCGCCCGCGGCGGCAGAGGAGGAGGUUUGGCCCAGCGAGGAGGAGGUGUGGGAGGCGUGGGAGCGGCAGCAGCAGCAGCAGCAGCCACAGCCCCAGGCCGCAUCAGCAGCGGCAUUCGGCUCGCCCGCACCGCCUGGCCCCAGCCGGCCGACAGCCCCAGCCGCCCCCGUGCCAUCCUCGUCCACUCGCUCCACUUCCAAACCACUACCGGCAGUAGCCGCACCAGCUGCUGCUACAGCCUCGGCACCCGCUUCCUCCUCUGCUGCUGCUACAGCCGGUGACGAGCUGUUGCCUAUGCUUGAGGAGGCGGACCCUUUGCGGCCCCUGUUGGAUAUGGGCGGCGGCGGCGGCGGCGCUUGGGCUGCCGGGCUGGGCCUGGAGGCGAUGGUGGACUCGCUGGCGGCCAAGAGCCAGCAGGAGGCCAGCAGCGCGGCGCGGAGGCAGCGGGAGGAGGAGGCCCAGUACGACGAGGCUGUGGCGGCCGUGGAAUCCAUCCUGGAGGCCAACACAGCCAGGCGGGCCGCGGCGGCGGCGGCGGCGCAGGCGGUGGAGCAGGCGGCCGCGGCGGAGGCGGCUAUCCUGGCGACCAGCUCUUGGCAGGGGCGCCAACAGCAGCAGCAGCCGCAUUCGCAGCAGCAGCAGCAGCAGCAGGAGAAGGAGGAGGAGGAGGAUGACCCGGAGUUGGAUGCGUUGAUGGCGGUGGUGGAGGAGACCGAGGCGGCGCUCAACGCGCGGCUGAACACGCUGUCGGCGGCAGCGUCAGCCGGCAGCAGCAAUGGAAGCAGCAACGGCAGCGGCAGUAGCAGUGCCACCAGUAGCAGGGCCAGUCAGCGCCAGCAGCAGAAGAACGAUGGUGAAGACGAUGGCGAGUUGGAUGAGCUGCUCGGGGACCUAGAUGCGCUUGUGGAGUCCAGCGUGUGGGCCAUUGCGCAGCAGCAGGCGGCGCCAACGCAGCAACUGCAACCGCAGCAGCAGAGAGCGGUGACGCCGGCUGUAGCAUCCAGGCCGGCGGCGGAGGCUGUAGCUGGGCCCGGGCAUGGAGCCGUGCAGGAGGAGGACUCUGGGUUUGACCUGGACAUGGCACUGGUGGAGCAGGCGGUGCAGGCGCAGGCACUGAGAGCGGCGCAGCAGCAACAGUCGCAGAGGCAGCAGCAGCAGUCGCGGAGUGGCACGGCAUCCACCUCGGCAGCGGCCGGAACCGGCGCUGGUGCGGCGGGGCGGCGGCACAGUGGCACGAGUAGCAGCAGCGGGGGGAGUGGCGUGGGCGCUAGCAAUGGUGCUAGGAGGGAUGGCGUGGGCCAGACACUGCGGCAGCCGGCGGGGCAGCAGCAGCAGAAGCAAAAGCAGGCAACGCAGGCGGCAACGCGUGUGGGCGGCAACGGCGCGACUGUGAAGUCCACCGGUGCCGCCGCGGGCAACGGUGCCGGUGAUGGUGCGGGCAGCGGCACCCCUGCCAGUCAUGCAACGCCUCCGCAGCAGCAGGUGGCGCCUGCAGCUGCGGCGGCCGGGAAGAAGGUGACUCGCAAGCGCAACUGGUGAAGAACUGAUGAUGAGCGUUGCGGGCGGGGGCUUGAGGAGGAGAGCCGCGCGGAUUUUGAGUGCCAGAGAGAACAGAGAGUGAGGGCAGUGUCGCGUCAGAAGUGAGUUGAAGCGGAAUGGACGGGUGGUCCUAUGCACGCCACCCACUAGGUACCCCGACGGUGUGGGGCCACCGGGCCUUGUAACUUAUCAGAUGG